CCUACUUCUGGAAUCGUGAAAUUUGGCUAAUUGCCGCAGGGUUUCGUCCCCAAUUUCCUGCAGGUGUCGCAUAAGCAGUGCCCUGUGAUUAAGGUGCUGGAAGCAAACAUGCUAUAUCUGCCAUUCGAGGAUCAAUGUUUUGAUGUAAUAGUAGAUAAAGGAACAAUGGUUAGAUUCUCUAUUCAAAUUUGCAGAAGUAUUCUCAAAUCCUUUUCACCCGUAAAGGGUUCUCACAUUGGUCAGACUUACCUGACUUUGAAGGUAUUCUUUCAAUCUCUGGUAGUGAUUAAUGUGCUGGAAGCAAACAUGCUACAUCUGCCAUUCGAGGAUCAAUGGUUAGACUUCAUUGAUAAGAGAACAAUGGAUUUUUUAAUCAUAGGCAUGGCGCCCGCGGAGAUGCGGAUGUUAAGAUGGAUGUGUGGGAAGACAAGGUUGGAUAGAAUUUCAAACGAAGUUAUCCGACGUCAGGUAGGCAUGGUACCGGUGGAAGAUAAGUUGCGGGAAGCGAGGUUGAGAUGGUUUAGGUAUGUGAGACGGCGGGAUGCUGAUGCCCCUGUGCGGAAGUGCGAGAGGAUCACGGUUAUCGGGGGAAAUAUGGGGUUGCCGGAGAUGGAAUCGAUGGCGUCGGCGAUCGGAGUGUCCGUGCCGGUGCUCAGAUUCCUGCUGUGCUUCGCUGCCACUAUUCCGGUGAGCUUGUUCCAUCGGUUUAUGCCCGGCGGCGCAGCCGGGAGGCACGUCUACGCCGCCGUGACCGGCGCCGGGCUCUCUUACUUGUCUUUUGGGUUUUCGUCGAAUCUCCACUUUUUGGUUCCCAUGCUCUUGGGAUACGUUUCGAUGCUCGUUAGCCGCGCUUAUUGCGGGGCCAUCACUUUUUUCUUGGCCUUUGGCUAUCUCAUUGGAUGCCAUGUAUACUACAUGAGUGGGGAUGCAUGGAAAGAAGGUGGAAUUGAUGCUACAGGUGCUUUAAUGGUGAUUACCCUGAAAAUCAUUUCGUGUGUUAUAAAUUACCAAGAUGGAAUGCAUAAAGAAGAGGGUUUAAGCCAGGCACAGAAAAAAAAUCGUUUGAUCCAUCGGCCAUCAUUGCUUGAGUACUGUGGCUAUUGCCUCUGUUGUGGAAGCCAUUUUGCCGGUCCAGUCUAUGAAAUGAAAGAUUACCUUGAAUGGACGGAGAGAAAAGGAAUAUGGAAGCCUUCAGAGAAAGGGCAUCCUUCGCCUUUUGUGCCAACAUUAAGGGCUAUUUUUCAAGCAGCUCUUUGUAUGGGAAUUUAUCUGUACUUGGUCCCUUAUUUCCCUCUUUCCAGAUUUACUGAUUCAUUAUACCAAGAAUGGGGAUUUUGGAAACGGCUGGGUUAUCAGUACAUGUCUGGCUUCACUGCACGUUGGAAGUAUUAUUUUAUAUGGUCAAUCUCAGAAGCCUCUAUCAUUAUUUCUGGUCUGGGUUUCAGUGGUUGGACUGAUUCUUCAAAACCAAAACCACGUUGGGACCGUGCAAAAAAUGUAGACAUAUUAGGUGUUGAACUGGCAAGAAGUUCAGUUGAGUUACCUCUUGUAUGGAACAUACAAGUCAGCACCUGGCUACGUCAUUAUGUCUAUGAGAGGCUCAUCCAAAAGGGAAAGAAGCCUGGUUUCUUCCAGUUGUUGGCUACUCAGACGGUCAGCGCAGUAUGGCAUGGUUUAUACCCCGGGUACAUUAUAUUCUUUGUCCAAUCUGCCAUUAUGAUUUCUGGUUCAAAAGUGAUUUACAGAUGGCAACAAGCUAUAAGCAGUCCUAUCGCAAAGAUGAUUCUAGCAUUCUUUAACUUUGCCUACACUGUUCUGGUUCUCAAUUACUCUUGUGUUGGUUUCAUGGUAUUGAGCCUCCAUGAAACAGUGGCUUCAUAUGGCAGCGUAUACUAUGUGGGGACGGUUGUGCCUAUUGCUUUGACCCUGCUCGGUAAUGUCAUUAAACCAGCGAGGCCAUCGAAAUCCAAGGCUCGAAAAGAUCAGUGAGCUAAGGAUCACUUUUUUUUUCCCGGGGGGGNAGCAUCAGUGUGGGUGAUAUGCUGCUCAUUUGCCGCUUGCACAUUUGAGUGUCAUUGUUGUUUGGAUUUUCAUUUUAAAUGAUACAAAACUUAUUAAGCCUUAAUAAUGUAUUUCUUUGCUAAGUGAUAGAUUGUUUUAUUAAGGGUUUGAAAUUGAUCUCAAAACUCUUCUAUGGGCGCUUGUUGUUGAUUCAUAGUUGGUGGCUCAAAGAAAUGUUUUGGAUCUGU